AUGUCUGAACUCAUACGGAUCUCCCAUGCAGAAAUCAUCGAGUCCAUCGUGCAGCAAAACCCAUCAUUACUCCCACGAGACUUCCAUCAAAAGUAUGAGCCUGGAACACGUACAUGGCUCCUAAAAGCUCUUCUGAAUAUACCGUUGGUGAAUAGAAUUGUGCCCUCGGUGGAUGAAAAACAUGAGCUCAUUCAGCGACUCCUCUUCGAGCAGAGACACGCUACAACUUACAAGAAAUGGUACCAAUUGUCUGCUCAGCUUGAUGAGUUGACGGGAAGCAACCUAUGGAAACUCAAUCCGGAGUCAACCGAGUACGACUUCAACAUAGUGUAUCGCCAGCUUAACGAAAUGCGCAAUGCUCGAUUGAACAAAGAUUACAAACUCUUGCUUUUUCUUGUACGCACAAAAUGGUCUCGUAAUGUUGGAAAUAUGGGUGACCUCAACCUUUACCGUCAUUCCCAUGUUGGAACAAAAAGGUUGAUAGAGGAAUACAUUGAAGAAUGCCAACAAUCCCUCCACUAUUUGGUGAAUGACGCUGGCGUCAACUUGGAGGAUAGAUACCUUUUGGGAAUGCUAAUACAAACCCGGAAAAAUAUAGGCCGUACAGCGUUGGUGCUCUCAGGUGGUUCCACGUUUGGAGUGUCACAUAUCGGUGUGCUCAUAGCGCUUCUAGAGAACAACCUUCUUCCUCGUGUUAUCAGUGGGUCCUCAGCAGGUUCAAUUAUUGCCAGCAUCUUAUGCACCCACACUAAUGACGAAACUUUUGAGCUUUUGAAAAGCAUUUUGACUAGAGAAUUCAAUUUUUUCGGGCCACCACUCGAUACCGACGCAGAGGGAAGGCUAAGAGCACUCUUGCAGCGUCUUGGUCAUCUACUCAAAUAUGGAACGGUAUUUGACAUCGGAGGAAUCCGUGAUACGGUAUAUGGCUUUGUUGGUGACUUGACAUUCAGGGAGGCUUACAACAGGACGGGUAAGAUUCUAAACAUAACAGUGUCUCCUGCUUCAACUCAUGAACAAACUCGCUUGUUGAAUUAUCUAACGGGUCCUCAUUGCCUUAUAUGGUCUGCCGUAUGUGCAUCAUGUUCGGUGCCAGGAAUUUUCUCCUCCAAUUCAAUCUAUGAAAAAGACCCCAAAACGGGCACUAUUCGCGAGUGGAAUAAUGAUCAAUCUUCUAAAUUUGUUGAUGGCUCUGUUGAUGGCGAUCUACCGAUCACUAGACUCUCAGAAAUGUUCAAUGUUGACCACAUUAUAGCCGUGCAAGUAAAUCCACAUGUGCUACCUGUUCUCAAAGUGUCGGUAGGAAGUGUUGGCGGCAAACUAGAUUCCGAUUUUGCUAACACUCUCCGAAAUACUAUGAACAAUUGCUACGACUUCAUCUCAAGCGAAAUUAUUCAUUAUCUUCAAGUUUGCCAUGAGUUGAACAUUCAAAAAAACUUCACACUGAAAAUGAUUUCCAUAUUGACUCAAAGAUAUUCAGGAAAUAUCACAAUUCUCCCCGAGCUUGCAACGAUUGACUUCUUGUCACUCUUCAGCAACCCGAGCCCAGCGUUCAUGAUGGACUUCAUUCUUAAAGGCGCCAGAGCUGCUUGGCCUAAAAUUACAAUUAUCAACAAUCAUUGCGGUGUGGAAUUUGCACUUGAUAAAGAGAUCUCUGUAUUGCGCGGUAGAAUCAUCUCUAACUCUACUAAACGAGUCACCUAUGGGCCAAAUUUUAACUCCGCAAUAAAUAUGGCAACGUCAGACUCUAAUGCUUUCCUCAUCAAUGCGCCAAUUUUAGGUCCAGGUGAUUUUAAUCAGGUCUUUACCCCAAAUGCAGAUGCUGAUGCACCGUCUCGCACAGCCAUAAGACGUCAUAAUUCAAUUGGCUAUGCUGAUCUCAGAAAAAAACGAUCAGCAAUAAGCAGUCCUUCCUCAUCCGACCUUGCUCGAAGUGCUGGUCUCCGUGGUAGCUACAAUUCUCUGUUGUCAUUGAGUAGUAAAGUUUUUGGAAAUCCAAGAGAUCAAACAGACCGGUUCUUCUCUCUCGCUGGAGAAGAGAAGCCAAGCAAGAUACAUGGUACCAAUAGAGAGGAAAAGGAUAGUGGUAGCCCCACUUUAAAAUUUAAGUCAAUACGGAAAGCUCGCAGUUCGGGUAACUUCGGGUCGUCUGAAGAAAAAGAAGACGCCAGAAGCAGCUUCAAGCCUGAGAAAUUUGUUCGAUACGCUCUCGACUAUGGUGAAAUCGCUGCGAAAGCAUUCGGCCCCGAUAGUAAGCCAGAACUGCCACGAACUCAGCGAAUGUUACGAGAGAAGCCAAACUUGCCGAGACUUUCGAAACUGGGAUCAAGACAUGGUUCUUUCAUCGGUCUUGAUAGAUUGAAGGACGGAGCCAAGUCUGGUGUGAACUCAGGCGCUAAUUCAGCACAAGGAUCCUCCCAGAACCUUAAAGAACUUUACAAUGCGAAGAAUCUUAGCUUACUGGAGCAGCGACGUCAAUCCAAGACACCAAAUAUUGAGCAAGACUCCACUUCUGUGUUCUUCAAGAAUUUCAAGUACGGGGGCAAAACACCAAGCAAGAGUGACAGGGCUUCUAAUGAACCGAUUGGAACUUCAACACCAAAAACUCAUCACGAUACCGAACAGGAUUUAAACUCAAAAGGUUUUGCAGAGUCACCAAAGCUCAAAGAGGUUGGGCUAACAGAUGACGAAAGCGAACAGGGUGAUAGGAGAGGUUCUUCUGUCAAAACAGACUAG